GCUGCGGCUGCGGGACCGGGACGUGCGAAGCCGCGAGGCCGAGCCGGGGCGCCCCCCUGCGGUCAGCGCGGGCCUCAUGGCUGGGCCGAGCGGAGCGGAACCGGCGAGGUGAAGCCCCCGGGGCGGCAGCCGCAGCGCGUGGCGGGGGCGCCGGCUCCAUGGGCAGCGGCGCACAGCGGCACGAUGAUGGAAGUUAAUAGCAGCGGCCGCCCGGACCUCUACGGGCACCUCCGCUCUUUCUUCCUGCCGGAGGUGGGGCGCGGGCUGCCAGACCUGAGCCCCGACGGCGCCGGCCCGGUCGCGGGCUCCUGGGCGCCGCACCUGCUGCACGGGGUCGUGGAGGUGACGGCUAGCCCCGGGCCCACCCGGGACGCGCCGCGGGACAAUACCUCCGGCUGCUGGGAGCAGAUCAACUACGGCAGAGCCGAGAAAGUUGUGAUCGGCUCCAUCCUGACGCUCAUCACGCUGCUGACGAUCGCCGGCAACUGCCUGGUGGUGAUUUCGGUGUGCUUCGUCAAGAAGCUCCGUCAGCCCUCCAACUACCUGAUCGUGUCCCUGGCGCUGGCCGACCUCUCGGUGGCCGUGGCGGUCAUGCCCUUCGUCAGCGUCACCGACCUUAUUGGGGGCAAGUGGAUCUUUGGCCAUUUCUUCUGCAACGUCUUUAUCGCCAUGGACGUCAUGUGCUGCACGGCCUCGAUCAUGACCCUGUGCGUGAUCAGCAUCGACAGGUACCUUGGUAUCACGAGGCCGCUGACAUACCCCGUGAGGCAGAACGGGAAGUGCAUGGCCAAGAUGAUCCUCUCCGUCUGGCUUCUGUCUGCCUCCAUCACUUUACCGCCGCUCUUCGGCUGGGCUCAGAACGUCAAUGAUGGCAAGGUGUGCUUGAUCAGCCAGGACUUUGGCUACACAAUUUACUCCACCGCAGUGGCAUUUUAUAUCCCCAUGUCUGUCAUGCUUUUCAUGUACUACCAGAUUUACAAAGCCGCCAGGAAGAGCGCCGCCAAACACAAGUUCCCUGGCUUCCCCCGGCCAGAGGAGCCUGACAGCGUCAUCUCCCUCAAUGGCAUGGUGAAGCUUCAGAAGGAGGUAGAGGAGUGUGCAAACCUUUCGAGACUCCUCAAACACGAAAGGAAAAACAUCUCCAUCUUUAAGAGGGAGCAGAAAGCAGCCACCACCCUGGGCAUCAUCGUCGGGGCCUUCACCGUGUGCUGGCUGCCGUUUUUCCUCCUCUCGACCGCCAGGCCCUUCAUCUGCGGCAUCGCCUGCAGCUGCAUCCCACUGUGGGUGGAGAGGACAUGUCUGUGGCUGGGCUAUGCAAACUCCCUCAUAAACCCCUUUAUAUAUGCCUUCUUCAACCGGGACCUGAGGACCACCUACCGCAGCCUGCUCCAAUGCCAAUACCGGAAUAUCAACCGGAAGCUGUCAGCCGCAGGCAUGCACGAGGCCCUGAAGCUCGCCGAGAGGCCUGAGAGACCUGAGCUUGUGCUGCUGCUCCAGUGGUCCAGCCCAACCUGAAGCCAGUGGGCACAGGAGCACAUCCACAGAGGGCAAACAUCAGCCUCAUGAGGAGAAGUGUGGAAAGUGGAUGAAUGGAAGACAUCUCUGCAACAGACCCCAAGGAAGAAAAAGUUCUGCCAGUUAAACUGUGAGACACUGUUCCUUUAUCACUUGAAAUCUUUGUAUUACACCUACUGAAAGAGCUCUGUUAGGCAUAUAAAAGGAAUUUGUUUUUAUCAUGUAGUACUUUUCUGGAUUUAAGAUAACUUCACAUUUCAAUACUAAGCAAAAGUAUAAUUUUUGGAAAACAUUUUGUGGCAAAUAUUUUUUUCCCAGAGGUGAUCAUGAUAACAGCUCUUGUCCAACAUGUGCUUCUGGCGCCUUACGACUACCACACUAAGAGGGGAAAUCCAGUUUCUCUUUGCUUGAAUCUAGGUUCUUUUGUGACUUGCUUGUAACCGAUAGACAGCAUCUGACAUGGUGCCUUAUGACUUCUGAAUCCAGCUCUGAAAAAGAUGAUGCAAAUUCCACCUUGUUUGCUUGAAUAGUUGCUCUGGAGCCCAGAGCUUCCAUGUUAACAGUCUGGCCGCUGGUCUCUGGCCGCCAUGUUGGAAGGAACCCAAGCUAGUCCAACUCAGGAGGAUUCCAUGGAGAAGUCUUGGAACUAGUGAAGAGAGAUCAAUACUUUGCCAGUUUCCAGCUGCUCCUGCUCCCUCUGCCUCAGUUGUUCUGGUUCCAGCCAAUCUGGGACUGCAAUCUCAUGAGAGAUGUUUUAACCAGAAGCAUCCAGUCAAGACUUCCUGAAUUCCUGGCCCACAGAAACUGUGAGAUGAUAAAUGAUUGCUGUUGUUUUAAGCCAUCGAGUUUUGAGGUGAUUAGCUAUGUAACAAGAGUAACCAAAGCAAUUUUGAAUGACAGUUAUACUCAACAGAUGUAGUGUCAGUGAUGUCUGUAAUUAACUGAAGUGAUGACAAUAAGAAUAACUAUAACCGAGUUUGCACAGGCAGUGACAACUAUGUCAUCUUGGCCAGUCUCCUGGCCAAAAUCAUUUGUGAGGUGCCAUAUAUUUUAAGAUGCUUCCUAGUGAGAAAGAAAAUGCAGUUUAGUAUUGACAAAAUGUGGUAGUAUUGGUGUCGAGAGAGGGACAAAACUAAGUAGGGUUGGGAACUGGUUAGUAAAGUGAUUUUGAAAAAGGUUAAUAUUUACUAGUUAAGAUGAUACAUACUCACUUACUUAAUAAGUAAAUAUCAAAUGAGAAAAACAUAUUUAGAUCAUGAAAUCACCAAAUGUAACCAUCAGAGAUAAACAUUCGGAUUUCUAAAGGUACAUGGAUGCACGUAUUGAUAUGUAGACAUAUGCUUUAUAAUUGAAUUCAUCCUUUACUGCAGCCUAUUAUUUCACCAGUCAAAAAUGUGCUAACUUCAUGUUUCUACCUCAAAAGAUGUAAAACUACAUUCUUUUAUUUUAAUGAUAGCAGAGUCUCUCAUUUACUUUACCAAUCACCCAGUGAUGGACAUUUUGUUUUGUCUCAUUUCAGUGUUGUUUUAUCAUUAUUAAAACAAUGGGCAUGUUGAUGCCCUCCCCCCACCCCCCACCAUUUUGUAACUGUCUUUUUGUGGAGAAUUUCUACAUAUGAGAUCUUUAGACUGAAUCAGAUGUGCCAUUAUAAUUUGGUAUGGAUUGAUGAAAGCACCUUCCAGAAAGGCUGUAUCCAUUCUUACUUAUAUCAAAAGUUUUGGAAAAUGCCAGUUUUCUUUCUCCUUUGCUGAUGAAGGAGUUCAGAAUGUGUCACCCCAUAAUACAUGAUUUAUUGAUUAUUUUGCAUUAAAGUCACUUGAGAAACGGUGGAUGCAAGAUGGGCGUUCAGACCCUCCUUUUUAUUCCUGAAAGCAGGAGAUAAAACUCCCUUGUGAAAGGUGCCCUUUCUGUACCAGGAAAAAGGAAGAUGUUCUUAUCACCAAAGACACAGAACUGAGGCAGAAAGAAAUCUGUAUACACAGACCUUGUUCAAAUAAUUCUUAUCUUCCUUUAGCCUCUCUAUAUUGUUUAGUUCCUUUCCACAUGGAGAAGAAAAUGGCAACCCACUCCACUAUUCUUGCCUGGAGAAUCCCAUGGACAGAGGAGCCUGGGGGACUACAGUCCAUGGAGUGGCAAAGAGUCGGACACAACUGAGCCACUGAACCACUUUUCACAAUUGCUUCCUUUUUUUUCGGGCUAAUAUAAAAGCAUGUAGGUUCUGCUAUUUCUUUUACUCUGUAUUCCUUAUGAAAGCUCCCGUGUCAUGUAAAUUUUAAUAUGAGUGUGUAUACUUUUCUCCUUUAAUCUAAUGUCAGUUUAAUUCUCAGGCCAUGCUGAAAAACCCUAAGAAGGUGGGGGUAAAAAUCUGCCUCCUCUAUACUAAUAUUUGUUUUUUGUCAUUCAUCUGAUCCUAGACCUAUGGUUUACAAAGAUUUCUUUUUUGUUGCUCUUGUUUGUGUUUUGGAAAACAAUUAAACUGAACAUCUUUUCCUGCUUUUUGUCCAUUUUAAUUUCUCCUUUUGUGGAUUUAUUAUUCACAGUCUUUGACCGUUUUUUAUAGUUGAUUUGUAAGGGCUCUUUGUCCAUCCUGUGUGUUACUAAAUAGUUUUUUCUAAGUCUUUCACACCUCUAUAAUUGUGUUAUUUUGUUUUUGUUUUUGCUGCCAGGAAGUAUUUAAUUUCUAUGUAAAUUCAUUUUCUCCUAUGGUUUCUGGCUUUGGUGUCAAGUUAGGAAAUGCUUGUUCUACUCUAUUGUUUUUAAAAGUGUUUACUUAGACUUUUGUUUCACUUUUGACAUUUAUUAAAAAUUUUAAUCUAACUGGAAUUGAAUUUAUGGCAUUUAAUUUUUCCCUUAAGGUUCCACUUGUCCCCAAAUUAUGUAUGAAUAGCAACUGUUUCCCCUGUGAUUUGAAAUGCCACAUUUAUCAUACAUUGAGGAGGUCACAGAGAGAACGUCACAGUUGACCUGCAAGCUGAAUCCGGACAAUCAGGCUCCCCACCUCCUCCUCUAUCCUCAGAAUGCAUGUACCACCCACCGUCCCCACCUGGAAUCCCUCAAAGGACACAGCUUUGAGAGAGUUAUGUGUUGAGACCAUCUGGAGUGUGUACAUGACUGAAUUCAGUUCAGACCUCUAUACAAACCUUUAAGAUUCUGGGGGGCGGGUGCAGAGGGCCCCUCAUUUGACAGCCACCCAUAACAAGCAUUGUGAGGUCCCUUCCUUAUUAAACUUGCCACCCACCAAUAGGGAGUAGCUUGCCUUUACAUGGGGGGCGGCGGUGGGCAAUUUCACAUUGUACCCAGGAAGUUCCCGAGUUUGCAGACCAACAAUACUCUCAUGAUACUUGAGUCUGCUUCUGGAAUUUUAUGCCCUGCGCCUUGGCAGUCUGUCUUUUCCUAUGUUGUUCCUGUUGUUGUUGUUACUACUAUUGCUAAAUACAAGAUGUUACUACUUAAUAGGGAAAGCAUGUGUCCUCUUCCUUCCAUUCCUUUUUCAUUUUUGUUAUGGUCUUUGCAGAUGAACUUGAAAGUAAUUUUCGUUAUAUUGUAAAAUAAUCCUGUUGGAUUUUGAUUGGAAUUGCGUACAGUCGGUAGUCUAUUUUAAAGAGAACUGACAUCUUUACAACACCAAGUGUUUCCAUCCAGAAACAAGGUAUGUCUUUAAAUUUAUUUUUAUUGAAGUAUAAUUGAGAAAAUAUUGUAUUAGUUUCAAGUGUGCAACAGAAUAGUUCAAUAUUUGUAUGCAUUGUGAAAUGAUCACCACAGUAAUGACAUUUGUCACCUUGCAUAGUAAGAAAGUGUCUUUUGUUGUGAUGAGAACUUUUAAGAUCUACUCUCUUAGCAGCUUUCAGAUGUGCAGUAGAGUAUUAUUAAAUAGUCACCAUGUUGUACAUUACAUCCCAUUACUUAUUUUCUAACUGGAAAUUUGUACCUUUCAAUCCCCUUUACCCAUUCACCCAUACCCACCCCUCACCUCUAACAACCAUCAAACUGUUCUCUAUAUCUAUGAGACAAACGUUUUGGUUUGCUUUUUUUUUUUUUUAGAUUUCUCAUGUAAGUGAGAUCAUAUGAUAUUUGUGUUUCUCUGUGUGACUUAUUUCACUAAGCAUAAUGCCCUUGAAGGCUAUCCACGUUGUCACAAAUGGCCAGCUUUCCUUCUUUUUAAUGCCUAGAAUAUUAACAUUGUAUACACAUAUAUUACAUAUAUCACAUAUUUUAAUACAUUCAUUUAUUGAUGGACACUUAUGUUGUGUCUGUAUCUUGACAAUUGAAAAUAAUGCUGCAGUGAACAUGGGGAGCAUAUAUCUUUUUGAGCUACUGUUUUUGUCUUCUUUAGAUAAACACCCAGACGUGGAAUUGCUGGAUCAUAUGGUAGUACAUAUCAUAUGUAAUUUUCAAUUUUUUGAGGAACCUUUAUACUAUUUUCCUUAGUGGCUGCACCAAUUUACAUUCCACCAAUAAUACACAAAGUUUCUUUUUCUCCACAUCUUCACACUUUGUCUUUUGGAUAACAGGCAUGCUAACAGGUAUGAGUGAUAUCUCUUUGUGAUUUUGAUUAGCAUUUCCCUGAUGAUUAGCGAUAUUGAGCAUCUUUUUAUGUACCUGUUGACCAUGUGUACACCUUGUUUG